AUGGCGCACAGGCAUCAUGGAACCCGUGAGGCUGGACCCGGAGUCGCCUGGGAGUGCAUUCCCUGCGGCAGGAGCGUCAAGAGCCAUCUCUGGCGCUGCCUCUGCGGCACGACCUUCGACAGGAACGAGAACAUGGCGAACCAGCAUCCAGGUGGCGCCCACUUUGAGAAGGUAGGCGGCAGGAUCCAGCCCACAAGGUCCCAGUCGAGACCGAGGUCCGAGGCGCCACGAGGCAAGGACAACUCGAGGGCGGCCAAAGCCAUCGUGCAGCAGGCCGUGCCCAUCACGAGGGUCAAUAUGCUCGCCUCCAUCCGCGCGUCCCAGCACUACCAAGAGCCGCCCAUGGACAUGGCCGAGCUUCGCAAAUUCAAGCGCCGGAACUACGGACGGAUGCUCAGGGGCCUGGCCAAGAGCCAGGAAGACCAGGACGCCAAGAUAGCUGUCGACAACCCCGAGUUUGCCUGGCUGGGGAACGUGCUUAACCUCCUCAGGCGGGAGGCCAAGGGGGACUACUUGUUCGGGUUCAACUACGCCGACUGGGUCCAGAGCUUCGCCGACGUGGGCAGACGGCUGCGCCUCGGGUACCCGCCCGUGCUGUACCAACUCAGGCACGGGGGGGCGUCGCACGAGGCGCUCGCCGGGUUCCGGGACGCAGCCGGGCUGAAGCAGCGGGGGCGCUGGAGCAGCGACGCGUCGGUCCGCAGGUGCGCCAAGGGGGGCCGGGUCAACCAGGUGCUGGCCUCCCUCAGCGCAGCCAUGCGGAGGCACGGCGCCGACUGCGAGGCCAGACUUGGCCGCUUCUCCCACAGCUGGCGGAGGCACCCUCGGCUGGCAAACGUACCCAUCUACGAGAUCGACCUCCGCUACCACCUGUCGCACGACCUCACGGUGCGCAAGGGCCAGCGGAUCAUCAGAGGUCUCAUCCAGCAUGGCCUGGUGCGGGCUAUCUGGCUGGGCGUGCCCUGCAACACUUUCUCGCGGGCUCGAGAGUCUGGCCCGCCUGGGCCAACGCCCUUGCGGUCCGCCGAGUUCCCAGCAGGGCUCCCAAACCCGAAGCCGCACGACCAGCAGAAGCUGGAGGUGGGUAGCGCACUGGCCGCCUUCGCCGCCCGGUUGAUGGCGGAGUGUCGGCGGAGGAAUGUACCAGUCGUGUUCGAGAACCCUUGGACAAGUCGGCUUUUCCAGCAACCCUGUUUCCUGAG